GGUUGAACUCCGAUCCGCCGCCGGAUCCGUAUUCUCACCGCAUCUCUCUCACCUGUGAAGUUUGCCCUAAACCGCCGAAGCUUAGAUGUUAUCACGUCUCUGCGAUCUGCACUUACAUGCCGUAGCAGGACGUGCUGAAACCUUUGAAGGCAUGGACUCAUUGGACAACAAUCCAAAAGUCAAAGUUCAUCCUCCACAAUCAAGUCUUGGAAGCACGUUUGUAUCUGGGGUCAAGUCAGUACCCGCUUCUUUUGAGUUUUCGGUCACAUCAGAAAAGGGAAUCAACCUGGUUGUUGAUUUGAACUCAUCCAUAUCAGAUUGGUUUAAGAGAUGGGAAGAUGAGGCAAACAUUUCUAAAAGUUUGCAGAAACAAAAUUUUCAAAGUUUUUGUCAAGAGAUUCAGAACCUGGGAAAUAAACAACUCUCGAGUGAAGAUGUAAUAACAUUUGAGGCAGAAGAAGGAAUGCGUCAGAAUGACAAGCCCAGGGUGCUUCACGACGUUACUUUGGUGAAUGAUGCCACAGUGGGAAAUGACAUCAUUUAUUGCUGCUCAAAUGUAAAUGGCAUACAUCUGAAAGGGAGAGACUAUACCGAUGCAUUGUUCCAGGGGCUAGAGUUUGCAUCUAACGGGAAACAAAGGAGAAAGAGAAGCAUUGAUGAAUCUGACAAGGAUUAUAGCUGUAACAAUAGAAGAAAUUUAAGAAGUGCUAACCGGCUUCAAAUAUUUCCUAGAAGAUCCACGCGGCUUUCCUCUAAGUGAUGCAUGACUGAUGUUUAAAAGGCCUCACACAUUGAUGCUGCAGCAAAUACACCCACAUAUGUAUAGGUUUGUUUCCAUUCUUCACUUCAUUUAUAAAAACAAAAAUAUCAAGUCAGG